AUGGCUGAAAGUAUACGAAAAGGUAAAUAUUCUGGUGAUUUUGAGUUGUAUGCUAUCAGUUCUUUAAGGAGUGAUAUUUCAACCUCCAUCAAAUCUUUCCAGCAUGCAGAUAUUCCUGACUAUCAUACCAGUAAUCAUGAAACACCAGAGAAUAGUGAGAAUGAAUUGAAUCGAAUUCUCACCGAAAGAUUUGAUGUUGGUGAUGCAAUUCGUUUAGAAGCCAACGAAUAUGAUUUUCAUAACUUGUCAAACAAAACAACCAAUCGUAUCUGUCAUACUAAUACUGAUAAUCUCAAAAAUAUGGAAGAUAUAGAAAAGAAGAGUAUAUCUUCUCAAGGGGAAGAAAAAACUAUAUUAGAAAGAGUGUUCACUAAUAAAUCCACUGGUGAAGUUGUUUUACCACCUGAUAAAGGUUAUGCAUGGGUGAUGGUGUUUGCCGUCAUCCUUGUUAUGCUUAGUUCUUGGGGUUGUAAUGCUGCUUUUGGUGUAUUUCUAUCAUUUUAUCUAACCAAUGGAACUUUCCCUAAUGCUACAAAAUACGAUUAUGCAAUUAUAGCUGGUAUCCCUGUAGCAUUGGGACAAGGUUUAGCACCAUUAGGAUUAAUCUUGAUGAGAAUUAUUGGGCUCAGGACAACAAUGCUGGUUGGAACCAUGUUUUUGUUAGCCGGAUUCUUGUGGGCCUCCUUUGCCACUCAAUUAUGGGAACUUUAUGUUUCUCAAGGUGUUUUCAUCGGCAUAUCAAUUUCAUUGGUCGCUAAUCCACCAACUACUUGUAUACCAGGCUGGUUCUUGAAAAAAAGAGCUGCCGCUAUGGGGUUAUGUUAUCUAGGUACUGGUCUGGGUGGUCUUAUGUAUGGUCUUGCCUCAAAUAAAAUGAUACAAGAUUAUAAUGGUACUUCUAUGUGUUAUAGAAUGCUGGCCGUCACCUGCACUGUCUCAUGUCUCAUCUCCAUCUGCAUUGUGAAGGAAAGAAUCCCAUCUAAGAUUACUGGACUUAGAUCAAAGAAAGCAAUUGUAAUGGAAUUCAAAAAAUUCUUUGAUAUUGAUGUGAUUAAGAAGCCUACUGUCUUAUUAAUUGCUAUGUGGUUUAAUUUAGCAAUUUUUGCUUACACUCUAAUGGUUUUUACAUUGUCUGCAUAUGCUGUGGCUCGUGGCAUGUCACAACAUCAAGGUUCUACAUUAACUUCACUAUUAAAUGCUGGCCAGACGGUAGGGAGACCAAUAAUGGGGCUUAUGGGUGACAAGUUUGGUAGAGUUAACGUUACAAGCUUCCUAACGUGUAUCUUAUGCAUAUAUAUAUUUGCAUUCUGGAUUCCUGCACACACUUUUGUUCAAUUAAUUUUCUUUUCCAUAAUGAUGGGCUUAUCUGUAGGUGUUGCUAAUGUGAUGAAUAGUGUCUUAAUUGCUGAUGUCGUUAAACCAGAGGAAUUUUUACCUGCCUGGGGUUUUGUAACAUAUUCAGGAAGUCCAUUAUUUUUGGUAUCUGAGUUGAUAGCACAAGCAUUGACUGUCCCAGAGAAAAAAAAUAAUCCAUACAUACAUACACAGAUAUUUACUGGGUUUUGUUUCUUUGGGGCAUUGUUAUUAAGUUUUGUCUUAAGGGAAAAAGUUGUCACAAUUAAAUUACAACAGGAGGUGAAGAAAAUAGAAGAUAAGAUAAAUGAAUAUGAAAAGUCUGAUCGUUUAGGAAGUUGUAUGAACAUUAUUCAAGAAACUGGUGAAAAUGCUGGUUAUGAUAGUAACUUUUUAAGUAAAUUAGAAGAUACAAAAGAUAAAUACAAUCAUUUAUUAGGUUCUGGUUGGAAGAAUAUAAUAAAGAGAGUGACAUACCCAACAAAAAUUUAA